CACUUUUGACGCGGAUUGCGGUAAGCCACAUGUUAAAGAACAUCAUUAACAUUUUCCAGUGUAGGAUCUUGCGUAAAUACUUGCAACAUCCUCCACUUCUCUUUAUCUUUAAUCAGGUGCAAUCUAAUCAUCUAUCAGAGCCAUAGGCAAGGCAGGGUAUUUUUCAGCAGAAGCACAGCAUCUUGUUUUAGGGUCAGGCUCCGUGGGCUGACCGCUGUAGGCUGGCCUCUGAGAAUGGCGGUGCUCGGUGCGUUCGUGCUGGAGCUCCUAGUCUUGGUCACGGUGACAGCUGCAACUACCCACGGUCCAGUGACCUACACCAGCUCUAUAUCAACUCCCAGCCUGUCAGACACCAAGACCCUUACUCUCAGAAAAGGAGCCCGGGUAUUCUUUGGGAUUAUCGGGAUCCUGGCUUUUGUUUUCCUUGUGAUUCUAAUCUUUUUCAUUAGAAAGAUGCUGAGAAACAGAACAGGUGUUACACUUACUGAACAGAACAAUGGAAGCAAUGUUCGGCUGCAGGACUUUCAUAACACAGCCACCUCCCAAGCAAGCAAUAACUACACAUUCCCUCAAUACCAGCAGCCCACCCCUGGCACCAGCAAUGUCUAUGGGGAUGAUGACGACACUUCCACAGACAACUCAGACAGUUCAGCUGCAGAGGAGGCCAGCAGAGGCAUUGGCUUCUUCAGUGAGGUGAAGAGGGACAAGGCAGGGCAGGAGGAGGACGAUGCCAACGACUACGUGAAUGUUUCCAAAAGAGAGCCGGAGGAGUCGGCAGACUAUGUGAAUGUAGACCCGUCUGAGGGACGAAGGAGGGGUUCUGAUUAUUAUGUCAACUUGGAGUCUGCCACAGAGCCUGAUGAAGAGGAGGAGCGAGCGUCUAGAAGACUGGAGGGAGGGGGAGAGAACAGCCAGGAUUCUGUCGAUUCUGACACUGAGAGCGACGAGGACACUGUGGUUUACACCCAGAUUGCGUUCAAGUAGGGAGGGCCACAGUCAAGCUCUGAUGUCUUAUAAUCAAAUAUCUGGAUUGGUUAUCAGCACUAUUCACGCAACAGUCACUCAAAAUAAGACAAAUAUUCAUUCACAAAGCAAAGACAUUGACAAGAACAUAUACAUAUAAUGUCAAGACCAAAGAUGUUUUUUUUAAUCCACUGCUUAUUUUAUGAAAACUUGUUUUCUGUUGACAAAUAAAAUUGUGAACUUUAUUGCUGCUUUUAAAAAACAAAUACAAAAUAGCAUAUUCCAAACCCAGAUCUGAACCCUGUUCUACAGUGGAUGACAAAACACUGAAGCCAUGGGUGUUCCUGCAUCUAGCAGAUGAAUCAAUAACCUGCUUAGAAGACAGUACGAGACCCCGUCCAGCCAAGGAAAAUGUAAACAAAUCCUGAAAUAAAAACAAAACCUCCUCCCCCCCUUCCCGUUUCCCUUGGUCACCACAGAAUAUGGGAAUCUAAAAAAAAAAAGAUGUUUAGGGACUCAGUUCCAAGACUAAAGAGACCCUACAAGCUUCUGAGAUUUUUUUUCCUUUCUGAAGAGCUAACAAUUGUCUUUCAACAAAAACCUAAGAAAAAAUGGAAACUCUGUUGUUGAAAAGUAUGAGGAAUUGCCCAUCUUGUCUGUGUGUUUUUGCACAGAAAGCUGUGGCGAAAAUUGGUGGGUAAUACUUUGCAUGAAGUGUCUCUAAUUACUGUGUAUUUACAUAGUAGUUACUUAGU